AACCGGCUUCCAGUGCGGUGCUUGGCGACCAUGAAGUGUACGCGCAGCGCAUUCGAGAGCUUAACGUUACGUCAUGGCAUAAUUUUUCCCCUUUUCAAAGCGACGAAGCGACGGCGCCACCGCCGAUGUGGUUGAUGAAUAAAAAGGUAAACAUAAAGUGUAAAUGACCGCAGCAUCAGCUUGAAGAUCUGGUUUUUGGACAUGGACGCUUGGCUUGGGUUUCGCAUUAAUUGAGACACAGAUAAGGGUGUCACAUCAUGGCACAGCUGAUGGACUAAUUAUUUUACGACUAUUUCGACUACUUUACCGCAUAUUAAUUUGUUUAUUAAAUUAAGCAAAAAAAAACACGGCUGUCGGGGCACCAAAUUUUGACUUGUUUUUUCGACGUUGUAGGCGCGACAUGGACGUUGUGACGGCGCAAAGAAACAAGCUUAAAUAAACUGUUAUUUGUACAAAAUAUCUUGCGCAUAUAGGCGCUGCCAACGCACGACUUGACAGCGUUUUUCGUACACUCUCGCUUGCGCAGCGGUUGCUAUUUAAGUUCACAGCUGAGCGGUACGUCGAGCUGGUGUGAUCGUGGCCGUGCUUGGAGCGGAUAACCGAAACGUUAUACGAAAUUCAAUUGAAUUGGCAAAAUUUGAGUUAUCACCGCGCGUCGCCCAUUCAAGUCGCGCGCCUCGCAUUAGUAACACCACACAACACAACGGAGCAACAGACGACGGCAGACGACCAACGUGCACACAGCAAAAAAAAAUCGUGGUUUUCAAACGUGACUUCAUUUGGCGCUCUGCAGUGUCGCGCCGACAACUGGGUCGCCGGUGUUUACGUAUGAGUGGCGCACAUUUUCGAAAUUCCGAAACAGCAAAAUCGCAAAUCGACAAUGCACUUCCACUGUUUGCUCGUCACAUUGUCGCUCGCAGUCGUGUUGAAGGCGCGCGCGCAUACAGACGUUCCAUUGCUUGACCCCGCGGUAGUCAAUGACGCAAGUAAAAACAUCCCAACCUCAGCGCCGUUGAAUUGUGAUAUACCGAAUGAGGAAAAAGUGGGUGUUUGUUUGGCCGUGGGCAAUUGUUCGGCCUACCUGCAGGCGCGCAGCGUGCCAAACAUAUCCGCCGAAAAAGUGAAUUUCCUCAAGAAAGUGCAGUGCUCGUGUAACGAAAAAGACGCGAACAAACCGGAGCCGUUGGUCUGUUGUCCCGCUAACGGACAGGACUAUCUAUAUCCUUCGCUGAAGUUUUCGAAAUUCGAAUAUCGCCGUUUUGAAAAUGUGACCGCGCAAUUCAAACGUAAGAAACUGAAACGUCGCAUACAGACUGUGGACGCAGGCGAGAGUUUCAAUUUGCGCAACGAAUGCGGCAAACAGGUGACAAAUCGCAUUUAUGGCGGCGAAAUCGCCGAACUCGAUGAGUUUCCUUGGCUGGCGUUGUUGGUGUACAACUCAAAUGAUUUCGGUUGCAGUGGCGCGCUUAUCGAUGAUCGUCAUAUUCUGACGGCGGCGCAUUGUGUGCGUGGUGAGGGUGUGCGCGAGAAGAGAGGAUUAAAACUGGUGCGUUUAGGCGAAUUUAAUGUCAAAACCGAACCUGACUGCAUCGAAGAACCCGACUAUCUGAAUUGUGCAGACGCCGCUGUGGAUAUUGGCUACGAACGCAUAUUCGUGCAUCCCGAAUACAAUGAGCAUUCGUUUAGCAAAUUCAACGAUAUCGCCAUAAUACGGCUGAAACGUGCUGUGUCCUUUACGCAUUUCAUCAUGCCAAUUUGUCUGCCCAGCGAAGGUGAUGAGAGUCCCUAUAAGGCAGGCGAAAUGUUUUCAGUCUCCGGUUGGGGACGCACCGACUUGUUUAACAAGUACUUUCGCAACAUACACAGCCCCAUCAAGCUGAAGCUGCGCAUACCAUAUGUGGAGCGCGAGAAUUGCACGAAGAUCUUGUCGAAAUUCGGCAUCGAAUUGGGUCCGAAGCAGGUGUGUGCCGGUGGCGAAUUCGCCAAGGAUACUUGUGCCGGCGACAGCGGCGCGCCGCUCAUGUAUUUCGAUCGUAAACACUCGCGUUGGGUCGCCUAUGGCGUCGUGAGUUUCGGGUUCACACGCUGCGGCAUGGCCGGCCAUCCCGCGGUAUAUACGGACAUCGCAGCCUAUCUCGAUUGGAUACACAAAAUAGUGGACACGAAGUGACAAUAUACUUAAUUAAAUCUUAUUUAAAAAUAUUUAAAUUAUAUUCUUAAGUAAAGUCUGUAGCUAGUGAAUUUAAAUUGUACAAAACUCAGGGCAUACGUACUAUAUUGCCUUCGGAUGUAUACCUUUUUUAUACAUAUUUAUUGCAACGGUAGAUUUUAUAUGAAAUUUUGUUAUUCAAAUGUAGCAAAGUGACACUGACAAAUAUAUUGUUUUGAAAUUA